GCGCAUGCGGAAAGAGCUAGCUGUGCCUUGCCUGGUGGGCGCGCGCCGGGCUGCUGCAAGAGAAAACCUGUGGUGGUUGUCUCUAACUAAAAAUGCCCGUAGUCCGGGUUCCAGUGGUGCACAGGUUUGGUAUUGUGUCUGUGUCUCGUGCGGAGCAGCUCCUGCGGGAAGGUCAAAGAAACAACACAGACAAACACCCCGCGACUUCACGACCUGUCGUGAAAAACACCGCACCCACGAAGAUAUCUCAAUCCUUUAUCGAGAAGUACAAUAAAGCGUCAGACACUGAGAGAGGCAAACUGGACAGAACCAUACAGGGAACAUUCCUACAGGCAAAGUACAAGACCGGUCUGCACAAGUCUCAGGGAGGAGAGAGAGGUGGGAGCAGGGAACAACAGCAGGGGGAUGAGGGGAGGGUGUGUGAUGCCUGGCUGGAGCUCAUACUGCUCUGCCAGUGCUACGGACCCCAUCAGGAAGAUGUGUUACUGGUGUUGGCUCUGUCCCUAAACCAUGCUCCACUCUCAUCCAUUCACAUACCAAGUCUGCUGUACAUGUGUGGACUGUGCUACCAGUGGUUGAAGAGUGAUGUCAGUGUCAGUCACACCACAGGCCAGCUGAGGACUGGGGAACUCUUGCUCCUCAGAAUUCUCUACCUGAUUUCACUGAGACUGUAUUAUCACCAGAUAGCUGGCACUCUGAAGGAUGUGUGCACGCGGGAAGAUAUUCGCCAACUAAAGUUUGACCUCCAAGGAUUUGAGAGCAGAGAGUGGGUGUAUAGGAACUUCCCUGAGGCCCUGCUCCACUGGAAAGUCGCUCUGGAAGUGGGUCAGGUAGUGGUGGAGAGGAAUACUCCCGUGGUAGUGAGAGACCCCACUGACCCCAGCACCCUUUCCCCUCUCCAUCCCUCUCCUUCAAAGCCAUCCUCCAGCCAAAACACAAGCACGGUAGAAGGAGAAGAGGAGAGGGGAGGGGGAGGAAGAGAGGUAGGAGGAGAAGGAAGAGAGGUGUUCCCAGUGUUGAGGGAUUCUCUAGAGAUAUGGAGGGCAGUUCGAGGUGGGGGGAGGCUGGAAGAAGCCAUCGGGAGACUGGCAGCCUCCCCUGCUGAGUUCACCAUUGACAAUUGGAUGGAGAGUUUGCUGGGCAUCAAUAUCCUGUGCCUUGAGUCACAAUUGAGUCUCCCAGUCCUUACCCUCCUUCACUCCCUCACCACCUCACCCUCCACCACCUCCCACCCUCCUCCCACCUCCCCUCCUCACCACUAUCACACAUCAGACAUGCCCCUCUCCACUCUGCACAGCUCUGCAAGUCUGUUGCGAGACACUCCAACUGAGGGCUCUCAAAUUAGCAUAGAGACCUCCCCCAUUCGAGAUCACCACCUACAAAACCCCCUCCCUGCUAAGAAAGGGACACGGUUCAUACUACCAGGGGCAACAGACACCAAGGCAGGGUCCACGGGUGGUCAAAUGACACCAGACUCACCUGACACCAUGCCGGGAAAGCAUAGGAGACACGUGGAAACUUUGAAUGUUCUCGGGCAACAGCCUGGCUUCAAAGAGCCCUACCCAGAAUCACUGUGUUCUGAGCCUUCAGGAGCUGGGCUUGAGGAGGCGAGUAGUCUUGUUUUACCUACUGCCCGUCCCGGUGUAGCAAGUCAGGAGAGAGCCGAUUUGAUGAGUGAUGAGUCACUGAAUCUGCCUGGCACCACCGCAGGCAGUCAUCUGGACACCCACACUCAGCCUAACCCGCAGGAACUGGGCAGUGGGUCAACUCUGGAGAAUUCCUCCCUCUCACAUCUCUGAUCAUCACCAGUAGCCCAUGGCUCAAGUCGAGCACCUCCAAAAACAUUGAGUGGUCACCUGAUGUAACACAAGGGGAUUCCCCUCUUAGUAGAGCUAAUCUUCUCGAAGGAGCACACCGUCUGGAGGAAGAAUCCAAGUCUGUCUUGGCAUAUGGAAGUCCUAUGGGAGACAAACUCGACGGCCUGGCGUCAACACUCGGGGAAUCCCUGAGCAGUGUGUUGGGUGACCAGACCCUAGAGCCAGUCCCUGGACGAAAGUGUGACGCUCCCUCGGAACGUUGAGACUCGGUGCACCCACUACACCCACAGCAGUUCGGCCCUCAGUGACGGCGCGGGGGUCCCGGGGAGCCAUGUGGCUCCGAGUACCAUCUACCGACAAAGUGUCUACUCCCCGCCACUCACCAUUGACAUGGGGACGGAGGAGGGUGACGAUGGUGAGACUGGGGAAAGGUGUGGAGGGGGUGUUAGUGGUGAAAGUUUAGUGACUGUGGCGAGGGCUGGAAGGGCUGGGAUCGUGAGCUGGCCCAGCGAGGUAGGGCUAGCUUACACUCUCGGGAUGGGGGAAGUGGUGUUGUAUGGUAGAACGUCUCGAAUCCAGUCUGUGGCCCUAGAGGGAGGGACAGGGGGGAGUGGAGGAGAGAGGGUGCUGGGACUGAGACAACUGGCAGAAUUCUCAACUAAUACCCAUGCCUCCGCCUCAAAGGAAUCAGAAUGUAUGGCGUGGAUGGUCCGUCACUGUGCCGUGCUGUGCUUGUCGAGAGUAUGCCGCACCAACAGGCAACUAUCAGUCAAAGAUGGACUAGGAGGUUCUGCGUGGUCCCUCCUCAUGCAGGGACACUCCACGGAGGAAGACAGCAGAGUCCUGGAGGCCUACAAAAUGUCUCAGGUGUAUCCAGAUGUGGAUGGUCCACUGCUGGCCAUGGAGACUGCCACUCUCUCGUCUCCUCUUCUGGCCCACAUGGCCGAUGAGCUGGCACGGCUUCUUCUGCCUCCAGAUACUGACCUCCUCCCUCCUCUCCCCUCCAAAAGUCCUCCUAAGAGACAGAAGCAAAAGGCAGUGAAGAAUGAUAGCCCACCAAAAACAACUGCAAAGGUGGAUACUCGUCACAAGAAAGGUGCGUGGAAGCCAACUCACUGUGGAUUUACAGCCAGGACAGUGGGAGCCCUGCAAGAGAUUGUGGAACAAGACUGGAGGAGAGAGAUGCAGAAAGAGAGAGGCCGUGAAGAGCAGGAGCUAAAUCAAGAGAGUCUUAAUGCCCUUCCAUCAUCGCUACCAACUCAGAAACCUUGACUAGCCAUUGACUAUCUUUACACCUCAUCCUCUGUCCUCGCAUAGUUGCAUAGUUAUGUUAUAGGUCAGAAAAAUGUUUUGAAAAUCAUGCAUUGAGACCACUAUGU